CUAUUUACGAUAUCAUUUUGUAACUUAACUGUGGGCUUUGUACUUUGUACUUCAGUGUGUAUUUGAAUUGGAUUUUUGGCUCAAACAGGCAAUAUAAUUCAGCAUUUACCUGUGUGAAGUUAAUAACAUUAUUUACCUGAGUGAAGUUAAUUACAUUAUUUACCUGAGUGAAGUUGCUUAUUAUGUUGAAUAUUUUACUAACUACAAAUUGUGUGUCUUUAUGCAGCACAUAAUGAUUUUGAUAAAACACAUCGGAUUUAAAAAAAAGUGUUUAAAAUAAUACUGAAUAAACAGCAUUUUUUAUCAGAUAACAGUUCACAAUACCUAAUAAGAAUGGCCACUUCUGUAGGUUCAGUUCAUACCAGUUCAGAUAUAGUGAAAGACUAUGAUUGUGACGGUUGCAAAAGUAAAACUAUCCAAGCAAGUGCUGAUAGUUUUUGUGAAACUUGUUUGAAGUGUUUUUGCGAAAAAUGCCUUUAUUAUCAUGAUCAAGUAUUUGCAAACCAUUUGACAUAUGGAAGAGGAGAAGCAAAUAAAUGGCCUAUUUCAAAGACAAUUGAGGAUUUGCUACUGAAAUGUGAUGUUCACUCUAACAAGAAACUCAAAAUGUUCUGUGAGGACCACAGUCAGCUAUGCUGCUCUGAUUGUGUCUUACUGAAUCACAGACAGUGUUCCAAUUUGGCUCUAAUUUCUGAAUCAGUCAAAAAGCUGUCAGUGGAUAUGCCGCAGUUGUCAAACAAAAUUCAAACAAUUCUUUCUGAACUAAACAAGUUUACAAGAGUACAAGAGGCCAGCAUUCAGUCCAUAGAGGGAUCCUAUAGUGAAAAAGUGGAAGAAAUCAGAGAGCAACGUAAAAAAAUUAAUGCUGCUUUAGAUGAACUAGAAAAUGCAACUUUGAAAGAACUAGAUGAAGUUAGGACCACAUUGCAAACCUCUCUUAAAAAAGAUGUGGACAACUGCAACAGAUUCAAAGAUGAACUGCAACAACUCGGUGAAGCUGUACAGGGCCUUUGUGAUAAGAGCAAGAAAGAAAUGGAGUUAAUAGCCAGCCGAAAAUGUCUGGACAAAAUACAACAGUCUGAGUCGUUUCUGAUGGAGAGCCCAGUUAAGGUUCAGAGUUCAAUAAUAUUCCAGGCAAACAUUGACAUUGAGCAGUACCUGUCUAAACAGUCUAGUCUAGGUAGGAUUGUUAACACUCUCAAGAUGAAUCCAGACCAGGUGUUGACUUUGAAGAGGAAGUCCGAGUAUAAUGUGGAAAUAUCAAAUGACACAAGUCCGAAUUUUAUACAUGGCAUUUGCAGUCUGCCUAGUGGUCAUAUCAUUAUAGUAGAUAAAUAUAAUAAGAAAUUGAAACUGUUGGACCAGCAUUACAAUGUGUCCAGUCACUGUGCUGUGGCUGAUUCUCCAUGGGACAUUUGCCAAAUCACAUCCAGUGAGGUGGCUGUGACUCUUGAUGGUGCUGGUGUUCAGUUUAUGUCUGUGAACGUUGGGCAGCUGGUGAAUGGGAGGAAGUUACAGUUAUCACAUGCUGCUGUUGGAAUUGCGCACCAUCAGGGAGCAUUGUAUAUCACCUCUCGCACUGCUCUCUACCACUACACAAUGACUGGGACACUGGUGAAAAAGCUUUAUGAGGAUAUGGCAGGCCGUAGUACAGUGUUCAAAUGUGCAUUGAGUCCUGCUGCUGACCGGGUCUAUGUCACCAACAACUGCCAGCACAAGCUUUUUACACUGGCCAUGGAUGGCAGCCUGAUGUCCACCUUCACUGACCAUGAACUACAAAAUCCGUGGGGUGUCCACGUCACACCUGCAGGACAAGUCCUUGUCUGUUGCUACCAUUCCAAUACUGUCAUACAGGUGGAUUAUGAGGGGAAAAAGAAACUGGCCACUUUGGCUUCAAAGAAAGAUGGACUGAGCAGACCAGUGUCUGUCUUCUACAACACUCACCAGAUUAUUGUGGGACAACCCAAUUCAAAACUCAGUGUUUUUGAAUUGCAAUAGCUCUUCCAGCGGAAAAAAAGGACAUCAAUAUAGGGAUAAUACAAGUUUUCGAGGGCAUGAUCCUCGAUGUUUAUGUCCGAGAAAAUGUGUAUUUUUGCUAUUAUUGCAUAAACAAAUCACACAUACCAAAAUAAAUUAAAAUAACGUUGAAAACAAUAUGUCUGUUGUUCAUUCGACAUCGACAAAAUAAUUUGAUUAUUUCAUAUGACGUCAUACAGUUUAAGGUUGUGUUUUAUAUUUGCCUCACUUGAUUAUCAUCAGAAAUGACGAGGCUUUACCUUCGUAAAGGCAGUUUUCGAUUUAAAAGAAAGAUGGACUGAGCAGACCAGUGUCUGUCUUCUACAACACUCACCAGAUUAUUGUGGGCCAACAAAAUUCAAAUCUCAUUGUUAUUCCAGCGGAAAAAAGAACAUCAAUAUAAAUUCAAUAAUAUAUGCAAUUUCAUUUUUUCGUUCAAUGGCACAAUAAGUCCUAGCAGAUUAUACAAAAUCGUAUUUAGGUAAAGAAUUUUACAUUUUCGUACAGUUUAUAUAUUUUUUUUUUAAAUAUAAGUUCAUUUUUAAAUAAGAUGUUUUAAUGUUCCUAAGAUUUAACCAUGUAUGACAACUUUCUAUGUUGAUGCUGACUUGUUCUUUUGACUUGCUUCAUGUCAUAUGCUCAUUGUCAUGAAACAAAUCUUAAAAUUGAUAAACGGCUUAACAUGUAUUAUUUUAAGUAUUUUUAGCUCACCUGAGCACCUUGUGCUCAUGGUGAGCUUUUGUGAUCACGUUUUGUCCGUUGUCCGUUGUGCGGCGUCAAUAUUUGCCUUGUUAACUCUCUAGAGGUCACAUUUAUUGUCCAAUAUUCAUGAAAUUUGGUCAGAAGAUUGGUUUCAAUAAUAUCUUGGAUGAGUUCGAAAAUGGUUACGUUUGCUUGAAAAACAUUGCUGCCAAGGGGCGGGGCAUUUUUCCUUAUAUGGCUAUAUAUGGCUAUAGUAAAAUCUUGUUAACACUCUAGAGGCCACAUUUAUUGUCUGAUCUUCAUAAAACUUUGUCAGAAGAUUCAUCCCAAUAAUAUCUUGGACGAGUUCGAAAAUGAUGCAGGUUGGUUUAAAAACAUGGCCUUAUAUGGCUAUAUAUAGUAAAACCUUGUUAACACUCUUGAGGCCACAUUUAUUGUCCAAUCUUGAUGAAACUAGGUCAGAAGAUUCAUCCAAAUAAUAUCUUGGACGAGUUCAAAACUUAUGCCGGUUGGUUGAAAAACAUGGCCACCAGGGGGCGGGGCUAUUUUCCAUAUAUGGCUAUAGUAAAACCUUGUUAACACUCUAGAGGUCACAUUUAUUUUCCGAUCAUCAUGAAACUGGUCAGAAGACUUGUCCCAAUGAUAUCUUGGAUGAGUUCGAAAAUGGCUUUGGUUGCUUUAAAAACAUGGCCAACAGGGGCGGUGCAUUUUUCCUUAUAUGGCUAUAAAUAUGGCUAUAGUAAAACCUUGUUGACACUCUAGAGGCCACAAUUAUUGUCCAAUCUUUAUGAAAUUUGGUCAGAAGAUUGGUCUCAAUGAUAUCUUGGAUGUUUUGGACAAUAAUUAUGUUUGCUUGAAAAAAAAAUGGCUUCCAAGGGGUGGGGCAUUUUUUCUUAUAUGGCUAUAGUAAAAUCUUGUUAACACUCUAAAGGCCACAUUUACUGUAAAAUCUUCUUGAAACUUGGUCAGAAGAUUCAUCCCAAUAAUAUCUUGGACGAUUUCAAAAAUGAUGCCGGUUGGUUGAAAAACAUAGCUGCCAGGGGGCGGGGCAUUUUUCCUUAUAUGGCUAUAAUAAAACCUUGUUAACACUCUAGAGGCCACAUUUAUUUUCCGAUCUUCGUGAAACUUGGUCAGAAGAUUUGUCCCAAUAAUAUCUUGUUAUCUCAGGUGAGCGACUUUGGGCCUUUCAAGCCCUCUUGUUUUAGAUGUGUGAAUAUAAGAAUAUUUAUAUAUUAUGACAUUUAUGAGCUCUUUCUUUAAAUGAUAAUUAAAUUGAAUGUUGUAUAUUUUUCAUGAAUAAUUGUUGAAAAUACACUGCAACUCCGUUAUAUCGCAGUUCGUGAGGUCCAAAGAUUGCUAUCACAUUAUAUUCGGCGCGCAAUAUAUUUUGUCAUGUCAUUCAUGCAUGUAUAUGUAUGGAUUAGCAUACUUUUGCAACUUUAAAACACGCUAUUUACCUAUUCACUGCAUCAUGUGUUAUUUCCAUGUGUUAUACAUAUGUAUAACAUAAAAACAUUAAUCCAUAUAAGUAUUAAAAAAAAUAUACAAUAAAAUUUGUUAUCCGAAAAGCAUUCCCAAUUUUUUUGUUCACGAAAGAUUACAAAAUCAAGCCGCAAAUAAACACUCCUUGUGUAUUUGCUGGAUAUUGUUUGUACUGAUUAAAAGCAGGCAAAAAUUAGACCUUAUGUAGAAUCACAUCAUUCUUCCAUGUGGAAAGCAUGGGAUUUAAUAUUUGAAUGCUGAAUAAAAACUUCUUAAUGCAUAGGAGACAACUCACUCUAAGAUCAAUUUAUAUAAAAAAAAUUAUAAAAUCGGUUAUGCAAAAACUGUGCAAAUGUUUCUUCUAAAUUUAAAACAUGUCAUUUACUCUGUAUAUCAGGUGCAAAGUUUGUUGAGAUGGAUCUGUGGAGUUCACAGAUAUUGUUUAAACCUUCAUGUGGGGACUGUGUGUAUUCUGAGCGCUGAUUGGCUGAUACAAUUAUCAAGAAGAAAGGGAUUAACAGCUGGCAUUAUGUCAGUUUAAAGCAAAUUCAAUAGAGAAAUUUGUGAAAGGUGACCCAUGAAAUUACUUUUGAUGUUGGGCAAGUGGGAUUUUGUUUGUCCCAGUACACAAGCAUGAAUGUGAUGCACAAUGAAGGCAAACAAUUGCGAACCAACUGGAUUUAUGAAUAUAGGAUUACACAGAAAAUUAAAGUGGGUGAAAACAAUGGGGGCCCCAGCCGACUUGCAAUAUAUUGGAUAUCGCAAUAUAAUGGACCGCGAUAUAACAAAGUUGCAGUGUAUCAUGUUAUAUCGCCCCAUUGGUGCAAAAAGGUACCAAGUGACAUUUUGAUAGUUUUGAGAAAAACGCGUUUAAAGAUUUGAAAGUGAAUAUCUAAUUUACUACAUACAACUCAGGACUGCAAUUGUGCAUAUUGUUAGAUAUAAAUACAACCUUCAUCCCUGCAAAAAUUGAACAUGUUACAUUUAUCAAUAAGCGAUAAUUGAUCAAUUAUGUCAUAUGGUUCCUUUUUGCAUAAUUCAAUAUUAAGUUUAACAAAAUGCAAAAAGGUACCAUAUGCACACUUGGCUCCUUUUUGCAUGAACUAUUUAUGUAGAUUGUAUUCUAAAAUGGCACAAUAAGGUACCAUAUGACAUAUGGUACCUUUUUGCACCACACAAAACUGGAAAGUGAAUAUGAUGAUUACACUUUAUUAACAACAGUUAAGUAUAAACAUCUAUAAAGAUGUGACACAUCUGUAAAGUUAAACAAUUAAAGUAUUGUUGAGAUUAAAAAACAAUAGUAUUUUUGAAAGUUAAUCUUGCAAAUUUCAGUUUUUGACAUAAAUGUACAGCACCCAUAAUAUCCACAAUGUCAACAUUCUUCACUCGAUAUCAGUAUCUUCCUCAUCUGACUCCAUAGGAACAAAAUCCUUUUCCUUACUGCUCGUCGGUAAGGACUCGUAAUAAGAAUUUAACUCCUCAGGAAUGGUUUCUUUUGAGCAUAAAUUAACAAGGUCAUUUUUCUUUUGAAUCAAUAUUGGCAGUUUUGUGUCGUAACAACGCUUUAAAUCUGACUCACGAUUUGGCCAAGUGUUAUGAACACCUUUCUGUUUUCUUGUUGUUUUCUGUACUUGAAUUUCCUGAAAUUGGUUGUCGUCAAAGCUGUAGUUCACAAAUACUGAUCUUUGAUUGUCCCUUCGCACUUGUAUCCACUUUACCUUAAGCCAGUUUAUUCUUUGUCCAGUGACUGAUGUUUUUAGGUUUGUACAAUGUUUCUUUACAAAGUCUUUGAAGUCCAUUACAUGAUUGUAUUUCAUUGGUAUAGUUACAUAUGGCUGUGAUUUUCUUGCCAGAGAAAUUCAAGUACACCAUUGGGAUGGAACAUACACUGGCGUUACUUUUUUGGCACGUUCAAUGGUUGAAUGGACUGAAUCGCAUUCCAUUUGGGAAUGGCCGGAAAGUAGAAAUGUGGCUAAUGGCUUUCAGGUUUGGGUACUUGCGAUAUGGUAUACAACAGUGACACAGUUACAUACUGAUUCCGAUUUUGACCUCCACAUGUAUCAGAAAAAUAUAUUAUUUCAUUGACAUUGCCUCUAUGGCAGACAGAUUAUGUGUUCUUUAAUAAGCAUGUGGCAAUUUCAUAUGCUCCCCGUUUACAUUGGGUUUCAUCCCAUACAUGACAGACAGCUUGCUUGUCUCCUAAGGAAUAUAUAGUGAGGUUAAAGCAGCAUAGUUUCCUUGAAUAGUAGAGUUCACUCACUAAAGAACACGGCGUUGUAAGAACUGCCUGCAGAUCGAAUGUUGCCACAUACACACUCUUGUCUGUCUUAGCUCUUUCUGUAUCCUUUGUUUUUUUCUUCACGCGCUUUUUUCUUUUGUACUUGAUGUUCAUCAUAUUCUUUUUGUAGUGUUUCAUUUACUGUGCCUGCUGCCUUUCUUCUGUCAUAUAAAGUAUAGAAGGAGCACUGGUCCUUUUUAGGUUUGAAAAAAGAUAAAUUGUAAUUUUCACAAAAAAUCUUUCUAUACAUUGAUUGUUUCACACUGGUUAUUCCUUUCUUUUCACAAUCUUUGACAUAUAAUUUCCACAUUUGUUUAAUGUUUAAGUCAUGUGCUAGGUAUUGUUUUCGUGUGUAGUGAGAUUCCAUUUUUGGAAAUGAUUCAAUGUGUUUUUUUUACAAUUUCAACUGUACAUGUAUCUUAUUUGUUUACAGAUGGAUCUUUUCCUCUCAUAUCCGUCGCAACAAAUGCCCCAUGUUUCUUCUUUUUAAGUGUGUAAUUAAUUGUUUUCCUGUUGAUGUCCAAUGUUUUCAUAAAGAAGUUUCUACAAACGCGUUCUUUCCGGUCAUUAUGUAUCAUGAAAUACUUCUGCGCUAUAGAUCUCUUGCCUGUAACUUUCCUUUUUGUUGCGCUUUUUUGUACCAUGUCACAGAUAUACUGUCUUUGGCGCUCAUAACUUCCCAAAGAAUAGUACAAUUAAAAUAUGUCUUCCCGCUACUCUUCAGUGAAUUUCUCGCUACACUUGAAACGACAUUUGAGGCAACUAUGAGAGUGGACCUUUUUCGGGGCAACAACUCUCCCAGUUGCAGAAACAUAUUCCUUCCCUUCACUUUUCAAUAAUUUUCUAACAUUCCGCUUCCACUUUUCUGGGUUCCGUGUUUUCUUUCGACUUGAAUGCUUCUUAGGAGGACUUCUGUAUGAAGCACGUGUGUGUGGGGUUGUUUCGACAGGCAUAUUUCCAUGGUCUGAUUCAUCAUUUGGUGUGGAAGGAAGAGAUUCCCUUGCAACCUCCCAUGUAGGAUCUGUGUCACGUUUAGCAUCACUGUCAUUUGAAAUUAUAUCAAUGGUAUCAUAGUGCUCCUGUCCUCGAACUGCUAUAUAAGCUAGAUUGAUUACUUUCUCUGUUGUUUGUUCAGGUUUUAUGUCAAUCACUGGUGUUGAUAUUGAACUUGAAUAUAUUCUAACAACACUUCCGUAAAAGUUUGCUGUGGCCAAAGGAACAAUGUCUGCUAUGUCUAAAUUCCAUUGUCCUCUUGUUUUCAACAAUUAAAGUUCAUUGAGAAAUUCCACCUUACUGAACAUAUCCUUUCUAGUACAGAAAGAUAUAUAUUUGUCUGCGUUUGUUGUCAUGAAGUCACAGACAUUUGAUCUGAUUUCAGACGCACUUUCAGCAAUUUUUCCACUUGUUUUCAAUGACGUGAAAAAACAGUUUCCAUCUCCAUUAAUACUGACCCUGCGCAGCUCAUUACAAGCAAUAAGUGUGUCAAGUCGUCCUGUAUGGGCUUUUCUGAUCAUAGCCUCGAUUGUACAAUUAUGUUGGCUGAUUUUCUGUGCUCUAUUAACCGCUACACUGGCUACCUUUCGUCUGUUUUGCAACAAUAUUAUUUUAUCUCUCAAUUUCUUGGCAAGUACACUUUGACUUAUUCUCCUUUUAUUAUUUUCUUUCGAAUUUUCAAUUUCUUGGUUUUCUUUUUCCAUGCAGUUUCUCUUUGCUUGUUCAUUAGCACACGUCUCUUUUCUUUUGUCUUCAGCUUCUUAACAUUGAAUUCUGAAUCAGUUGAAUUGAUCGCAUCUUUGUUAGGAUCGUAAUUUUCAUCAUCAGCACUAUCAUCAUGAUCUGAUUCACUAUAACUUUGGAUAAGUUUCCUUUUAACUGGUUGCUUCUUUUUUCUACCAAGAUCAGCUAAUGGAAUAUCUUCCGAAUCUGUAGUGUCGUAAUCAUUGUCUUUUGUUUGCGUUGCUAUCACAGGUCCAAAAAGUUCCUCUUGUGUAAAUGUAUGAUAAACUUCUUCAUCGGACCAAACCUCGUCUUCUAUCUGUUAAGCAAAUACCAACAUAAAGUGAAUCUAUUGAUUAUACUGUUUAAAUAAAAUGAAAACUUAUAUCUGUAAAAACUGUGAAAUUACAAGCUACCUUUUGAAACGUUAGUACAUUUAAAGUAUGUUCUUCUUGUGACUGCUCCCAGAAAUAAAUUACUACCAUAUAGGAAAGAAAUCAACUCUUUCAAAAAGGAUGCAAGUAUUAUAUUGAGUAUUAUGUUUUCAUUGUUUCCAUUACUAUCUGGUAUAUGAAUUUAAUUUGGCAAUAAAAAUAUACUUACA